CCGCACAGCCGUCAGUGCAUGCACCCUGGAAGCGGGAAUGGCUCCCCGAGGGUAUCACUCGCCGGGAAUACGACGUCUGUCCCUGAACCUCGCUUCCAGAAGCACUUUCUCGCCCCCACACAUCAUCACAACCGACAGAGCCGUUAGGACGCCACUUCGCGUACGCAUAUGAGGGCGAUCAGUAAUUUCGAUCAUUUACUUCUAGAAGAUUCUUCAAUCCCUGAAGUCUCUCAUGCAUCACGCAAAACCCUAGCUCCCGCUCUUAAUGCCAUCGCUGUUGGCCUCGAUCUCGGAAGAAACGCCAGUCCAAUAUUGUGUUCCUGCUUAGUCUUCCUCAAAAUGACGGCCGUUGGAGAAGACGUGGUUCCCUGCUUGUCGGACAUUUGCAGAACAUGUGGAAUUCCAUGGACGUACGCCUUCGUCAGUAGUGCAUUCUUGUCCACAUCCUCGACAAUAGGCAGAGUCGCUGCCUGCGCAAAGAUACACGCCACGAUUUUCACGAUCUCAUUUACUGCAUUGGUAAACGCCUGGUCGCCGACGAUGCUUAUACCCCCACUACUCCAUUUGGAAAGAUCCCAUCCCAGAAUCUCCCAGGAUCUCGGAUUCCUCUAUUCAGCACGACACAUGCCCUCAACAUCAUCGUGCAUCGUGGAUUGGGCCUCAAAUUUCAAUCAAAUCGCCUGGAUGAGGAUCUUGCACAACAUGAGCACUGAUGAAUGUGUCGUAGCACCUCCGUAUAGUUUGUAGACGAUCUCGGUGUAAAAUGGCCUUACAAAUUCAGUAUAGUCUCCUUGGG